AUGUCCUCCGUCUACCUCCAUCGCCGAACAGCAGCCGUCGUCGUCACCACCACUCUUGUUCUUGUCCUCUUUUACACUCUUUUCCAUGCAUCAAAUAGGAAUAUUCAAGCUCCGCUCAGGUCGCUAUGCAUAAACUCGGGAUUCUACGAGGGCUCUCUCGAGGAGCCACAGGGCGACAUCCCAGACCUCAGCAUCCCCGAUGGCGCACUUUCGGCAGCAGAAGACCCUCAAAUCCUCGCAGAAGUGUUCCCAGAACCGUUUCCAUUCGCGGUCAAUAAGCACAAAUCUCUGAAAGGUGACCCAACCCCCCAUUUCAGGGAUAACCUCCUACCAGACAUAAAAUAUAUCACUGGUUGGCAUGAUGGGGGAUUCACGAACCAGUUUAUGGCGAUAACUAAUCUCAUCUAUCUAUCAACACUCCUUUCCCAUAUUCCCAUUAUACCAGGUUUCGUGGCACGUCCGCACGUCCCUGUUCAGGCUGGUUAUCGAGCGGUGAGCGACGUAUUUGACGUCGACCGAUGGGCUCGAGCGGUCGGCAAGGAUAUCCUCGAAUGGAAAGAUGUCAAGGAUCUUCGGGGACUGCAAAAUCGCCGCGCAGAUGAUGGUACCCUCGGUGCAGAUGAAAGGGAUGAGCUCGGCUGCUGGAGUACUCCUCCCCUCUUCAUCAAUAAGAUCGACCCUCGAGCAUUCACUGUAGACGUAUCCCAUACUGCAGUUCCUCGUGCCGCACGGCUGUUCCAAAUAGGCCGUGACGAAGACCUGCACUUGACAUUUAGCGGCCUUGCAACGCUCGCGCAGAGCACUGCGGCCAAACCUAAUCCGCUUUCCUCUGAAGAGCUCGGUGCCAUCUAUCCUGCACAGAAAUCCGGACACAAGCGUCUACCAGACACCAACCAUUCGGCGUUGCUUGGAACAUUGCGGGUACUAGCACUCACUCUUGGUCUCUCGGAAUCUCAAAUCCUGGCUCCAUGGAGAGGUGACCAUGACUGGGACGAACGCAAGGACGGCGUGCGCUACACAACGUCUCGAGACUAUUAUGCCACACUCGACGAACGCGAUCGCAUUCUCACCCCAUAUAUUCUUGUACAUGCCCGCCAUGGCGAUUUCUUGAACAACUGUGAUAGUCGAAAGGCACAGGGCAAACCGUGCUCGCCUCCCCUAUCCUCCAUCGCACAGUAUGUCAAGGAAGUUGAGGACGAGUUGAAGCAGAAGGGAAUUAUCAAGGAAGACCAUGGCUGGUCCAAGGACAAAACGCCCGUCAUCGUCACGAGCGACGAGGCCGAUUCUGCAUGGUGGAAUCAAGUCAAGGCGCAUGGUUGGAAGCGGGUCGUCUUUCCAAAGGAGCUUGAGCUCCCACCUGGUGUAAAGGGGAGAGAGGAUGGAUUGGAUCCUGAGACGCACAAGAAGCUGUGGGAUCGAAUGUUCAUCGAGGUCGCUAUACAGGGGUUUGCUACUGGGUUUGUCGGUACUCAAGGCAGUACGAUGAGUUUGGUAGCGCAACGGAGGGUCGAGCAUUGGCAGGGUGGCGUCGCGAGGACAAUGAGGUACGACUUUCAACUGCUCCAAGUAACAUCUAAUGUAUCUUCUCAGCUUUUCUAUCUGGCAAGAAUGGGACUUAUGAUCCUCACGUUGUAG